AUGCAUCCUCUCAUUCAUGUGCAAACGCAAGGCCUCUACGAGCUUCCAGACCCGCUGAAAGAAAUCGCCCUUGUCGCAGUCAGUCGCGACUGCACCGACUUUGAAUUCACACAAUUCGCCAAUUGCUGGAGCACCUCGGACGAACGCACUAAAUCCCUUCUUUCCCCUGCCCUUUUCGCCAUCCUCGAUCCAACCCGAAUACCCCAAGCUACCGAGCUAGCAACGCUUUCUGCUCCUUCAAAGAAGUCCAUUAGUCGGGCAUUGGCGAUUCUGGAGUCACUGUUGUCGUUAACCACCGAGGAGGAGCUUCCCGAGACCAUCUUCGAACUCUCUCCCUCUGUUGUCGCGUGGGUGCGGUUCGCAUACGACUUCCAUGGUCAUGCGAGUUUGGCGGCAGACAACUCGAACGGGGUCCAGACCAGAACGAUGCUCACUAUCUCGAAAUCAGAGCUGCUAGUCUCUUUCAUCCGCUUCAGUCGUCUGGUGGAUGGGAAAUGGAUGGACCACCCAAUGCCUGCCAGUAUUCCCAACGUCCGUAAUCCGUCCGACGUUUUUUGGAACACACCCGGAUUUCUUGCUCUAGUCAUUCAUGCAUGGGCGCAUGCUAUCUCCAACUUGUCGUACCCACUGGACGAGCCGGCCACGGACCUGGUCCUUGACUGCAUGCUCUCGCUUCCCGAAUACUUCGACCACACACAGCUUGACGAAAUGAUCCAAGCAGCUGGCGGCACACUCGACUGUCUCGUUUCUCUCAUCAAGGCCCAUCUGGUGAUGACGCACGCCCUCCCCUUACAUAUCCGCACCGACCGCUAUAUCGUGGCCAUGUUAGCGUAUCCGCUGAUAUUGAUAGUUGGAGCAAAUGACUUGUUGGACUCAGAACAACAGGACUCGGAGUCCUACGAUAUAGUUGUAGCACGCGUUCUUCUGGCGCACAACAUAUUUCCAGACCUCUUCCAAUUACUCUCUAACGCGCUUCAUACACCUCCCCAGCCUGGCGUAUCAACCUUAUCAUGCUGGCGGCGGACCCUCCACCUCGUUAUCGAUGUCACGAAUCUCCUCAUAAGCACUGGACCAGAUGCGUUGCAUGAAGCCCUCCGCCAUGAUAUGAUUCCGCAACUUCUUGCAACAGCGCGUUUCCUGCCUGACAAACAGCUUUCCCGGAAUUUGACACGAUUCAUCCAGAAGCAGUUGCCACGUGGUCUCGUAUACCCAUCCACCCUCCCCUUGAUCGUCGACGGAAUCGAUGGUAUCGAGAAGUCCAACUUGGGAGAAUUCUUAAAUGACCCGAACUCACCACUCUUUCCCCUCUGGUCCCGAUUGAAGAAAGAUGCUGCUUACCAAGAGCGUAUCCUACUUGUUCUUCACAGCCAAGGUGUCCGGGCCCAACUAGUCGCGUGCGACAAUCCACCUGUGGGUCUUAGAGGUCCAACUCCUUUAUUCCGCUCUGCUAAAAUCCUUGCCGCUGCUCUCCAACAGUGCAGCCGCAUCAAGACACGCGACGAAUUUAAACGAUGCUCAGGCUGCUAUCUGCGAAUCUAUUGCUCGAAAGCGUGUCAAACGGUUGAUUGGCGCGAGGGUAACCACCGGUCAAUAUGUGCAGCCACGAAAACAGAAUACACACGGCCAGACGUGCACGCGAUUUUCUCCAAACCCCAGCUUGCAAUGUUCCGUCUCUCUCUGCAUUCCUUCUACACGGACAACAUCCUCGAAGUCCACACCUUCAACAGCACUCUCCGCGAAGAGACCGUGCAGCAACAGCUUCUCGCCAGUCCCAAUUCCGACCCGCGGCCGGUUAUGCUGAACAUCAUAAGUUUUCGGGACGGCGUGCCGCAGAUAAAUCAGCUCGCGAUCCGCUCCGCCUUGACACUCGAGCCUGACGCGCGCAAAGCGUUGCUUCGCGACAUCCCGACCCUGGACGACUGGAUUGACCGCGCGCGGCGGAGCAACGGGCGGAUGCUGCUCCAUAUCAUGGUUGUCCCCAUUGGAGUAUUCAAACACGCAUUAAUUUUUCCGUUGCGCAUGAACAUGGCUUUCUUGGAGGAUGCCGCACUGAGAGCGGCGCGGUCCAUCGAUGGACGGGAGGACUACGAAAGUGUUAUGCAGUUGGCGACAUUGUUCCAGGCAACGAGGCCGCCAGAGAGACUUGUAGCUAUUCACCAGUAG